CCAUCAGGGCAAAACUUUUGAGGAGGACUUGCUUGAAUGUUUUCAUUGAACUCCUGAGUUUCGUAUUGAGCAAGAAGCAGGAAUGUGUGAGGAGCUGCCUGGGAAAGAAUUUCUGGGAAGAAACAGCUGGAGGGCGGGGGGUUUGACUCGGGCUGUUGUCUUCCGCCGUCUUCCACAUCUUGAGAGAGAAAAAAAAGGUUCAUUUUCACCUCCCUUCACACAGACACGCCUCGGACUGACUGCGCACCUGAGCCGCGGAGCAGCAGGUAAAGGUGAAGCGGACCUCGGUGUGUCUGCUGUCACAACCAGGUACAUAGAAGACGAAGAUUGGCAUUGAGGUUCCGACUCAGAAAGGUUUUUGUUGCUGGAUAAAACAGGCAGCAUGGGAGAGACACAAACUACAGACGAUGGCACAGUGACACGAUCAGCAGAGUAUGUUGGGUCGUUUCUUGUGGAUGACUGCUGCUUAGAUGAUCAAAUAAAGCAGCUGCACACACAGCUGAAGUACUUAAAGGCUUGCAAGAAAAUCAGGCCGGUAACCUUGAAGUUCUCACUCAAAGGGGUGAAAAUCUAUGAUGAGGAUGAAAUGACCCUCCUAAUGGCUCAUGCUUUGCGAAGAGUCUCUCUGUCCACUGCCCGCCCAAUUGAUGGCCAGUUUGCCUUCGUCUCCCAUAACCCAGGCAGCACCUACGGCCAACUUUACUGCCAUGUCUUUAAGGCAAGACAUGCCCGAGCGGCUCAGUUCUUGAAUUUGCUACUCUGCCGAUGUUUCCAAUUGUUUUAUUUGGAGAAACAUCCAGAAGAGGCGCAAGAAAGCUCCAGUGGGUCAUUGCCGCAGCGUAAUCCCUCGCUGCUCAACCACGGCUUCCCUCUUAGCGUCAGUGCCCUAGUUUCCUUUAGAAGAGCUCCUUUUCGAGGACUGCGGUUAAGCACAAAGAAAUCUAAGAAGUCGUCCAAUGACCUUCCUGACAGCCAAGAUGAUGUUUUUUCCUCUUCCUCUCCCUCACUGACGCGGAAGAAAGUAAUCCGCGCCAAAGGACUACAUUCUGGAGCUUACCGCUCCUUCACUUUCACACCACUCAAACAGCGCAGCGUUCACGAGCAACUAAGUGUGUCACAAGAAAAGGGUCAAGACAAUGUGCCAGUGAGGAGAUCCCGGGCUCCAAGUUUAGCCGAAACAGAGGAAGCAUUGGCUCAGGCUGUGUGGAGUUGGGCUGGUCUUGCAAACGACAGCAGCUACUCCCUCCUGGCAGAUGAUGUCAUGGGAUCAUACCUUCUGUGCCCUCAUCCCAAAAAACCUAAAAGUGGUUCCCUUAUCGUUCGCUUCCCCUCCGGCCUGAAAACCCACCUUAUAGAAAACACUCGUAAAGGGAAGUUCAUGUUGGAGAAAUGCAGGAGAGAAUUUCAUUCCCUUGGUGAACUCAUUGAAUACUACUCUGUGACCCCGGAUGAGCUGCCUUGUCAACUGUGCUGUGCACGUGUGAACCACUGUUAUGAGUGGGAAGAAAAUACCAACACACAACAAGCUGCAAAACCAUACAAAAACUCAACCAAAGCCAGAGUUAAAAGUUCACACUAAAAGUGAAAGGCAAUAAACCCUGAGAAAUUAGCUGCCAAGAUGAGAUGAGUCAAAAUAUGAGAAUCUCUUUCUUUUGCACAUUUUUUAUUUUUAGCAUUUUCACAUGGUAUAUUGGGUAUGUUUCACUCUCUAAAACACAGUGCUCCUAUUAUCAGUGUUGGUACAUGUCUAUGCUUUUGUAUGCGCCAGAUUCCAUCAGGGCAGCUUAUUUGUCAGAGAUAAUGUUGAGUGCUUGCAGCUUUUAUGUAAAGUAAAAUUUUAAAGUAUUUUUACAAGCCUGUAAGGCAUUUGACGUUUAAAUGUUUUAAAUAUACCCCCUUUAAGUGUGGAUUUUAUUGCUGGGUCUUACUUUUUCCUUACCCCCCGCACUCCCCUCUCUUCCCCUAAAAUCUUCUAAAGAUGUUACCUAAGUAAAUAACCAUGUUUUACUCCGAUUGUCCUUAUCUUGUCUACAUAUUACUCUGUGUUUAAGAGAUUGUAUAUGAUGUUGCACUUUAUUUUCAGUCCAUCAUAUUAUGUGCAGUUUAAUGUAACAAAGUUUAGCGCACAUCAAGAUUGUCUGUGAUGGUGGAAGAUUUCUAGUCCAUAAUUUCUGAUUAGUUAUUUUUAUGACCAGUCAGAAUACAUUUUUUUAUCUCCAUUUUACAAUAAAUAAUGGACUCUCGUUUUAGUCCACAUCUCAGUAAAA